CAGUUGGAUCUUAGUUUGUUUUUAACCGGCGGUUUUCAGCUGGGUUAGGAGCGGGACAUUUCAAUUUUAACGUACUUAGCAGUGGUACAAGGACUUUAAGAAGAGAAACCGCUAGAAUCCAAUCAUACAAAGCGCUCGUAACUAAAUGUAAAUAUACAAUAGUAUGUUAUGAUUUAAAAAUAAAAUAUUCUGUGCUCAGAUUCCGUUGUCUUCAUGAUGUAAUUGCGAUGUAAACAAAAACAAGAAUAUUGUUUUCAAGGACUGAACGGUUGUUUUCAAAGAAUACUGCAGAAUAAAUCUGACACGGAUUCAUCUUCACUCGAGGUUUUCAUUUGUUUUCUGCCACGAACCAAUGUAGUGUAUAACCAGAGCACAUACAACGAACAUUUCAACAAUCAGUUUAUGCAGCUUAUUUGGAUUUAAGACAUUUGAAGGAAGUCUGUACCAUAACAGUAAAACAAAAUGCCACCAAAGAGGACUAAAGAUAGCAACGUCAAUAUAUCAAGCUCCUUGGAGUCUGAGGAUUUCAGUUUGGAAACUACAGUUCCCACUGAGGACAUUUCUUCAUCAGAGGAGCAUGAAGGGAACAAAAAAGUCACCAGGCAGCUGAUCGAGAGGAAAGAGCUGCUCCACAAUGUCCAGCUUCUGAAAAUAGAGCUCUCUCAGAAAACUCUAAUCAUUGACAACCUGAAGGUGGAAUAUCUCACCAAAAUAGAGGAGCUGGAGGAGAAAUUGAACGAUGCUCUUCAUCAGAAACAGCUGCUUGCACUACGGCUAGACAAUCAACUCAAACUUGAGCAAGAGGAAACCAGAAAACAACAGGCAUUAAGGAAGCAGGAAAUGGACACUAUUUUGUUGAGACAGAAGCAGCUGGAAGAGACGAAUCUUCAGCUUCGAGAAAAAGCAGGAGAUAUCCGUCGUAGUUUGCGUGACUUGGAGCUCGCUGAGGACAAAUACUUAGAACUGAAAGAGCUUCCAGAAGACCAGCUGUCAAUUCCAGAAUAUGUCUCUGUCAAAUUCUAUGAAGUGGUCCAUCUAUUAAGAGCAGAGGUGGGUGAACUGCAGGCAAAAAAAAACAGCCUAUCGGAGGACCUUGACAGCCAUAGAAGUGAGCUGAAGUCAUUAAUGGAGAGCUACAAUGAAGAGAGAAGAAUACGGUCAGAGCUAGAAGUUAGAUGUCAGCGGUUAACCCUGGAUUUAGCUGAUACAAAGCAGCUAAUUCAGCAAGGGGACUAUAAGCGGGAAAAUUACGACAGAGUGAAGCGAGAAAGAGACUCUCUUGAGCAAGAUAUUUCAGACCUUAGAAAACACUUUGAAAUACUUGAAGUGACACACAAAGCACAAACAAAGGAAAGGAAUGACUUCAGCAAAGAGGUGGUUACCCUCCAGCAGUCAGUCACUUUACUACAGAAGGAUAAAGAGUAUUUAAAUCGUCAAAAUCUGGAGCUCAGUGUGCGAUGUGCCCAUGAAGAAGAUCGUUUGGAGAGGCUUCAGAUUCAUCUUGAAGAAGCAAAGAAAGCCCGGGAAGAAACAUAUGAAAAAUAUGUGGCAUCAAGAGACCAUUGCAAAACAGAAUACGAAAACAAACUCCGUGAUGAACUUGAACGAAUUAGAAUUCAAACUAAUCACGAAAUUGACAAUCUUCGUAGCACAUCAAAAGAGAUGUAUGAACGUGAAAACAGAAAUUUGCGGGAAGCGAAAGAUAAUGCUGUUGUAGAGAAAGAAAGAGCUGUUCAAGCUGAAAAGGAUGCUCUAGCGAAAUAUGACCAGAUUUUGGAACAGUUCAGACAGCUUCAGCUGGGAACAGACAGCCGGGUUGCUGAGUUGCUCAACCAAGUCAAGUUCAAAUCCUUUGAAGCUGAGCGCGCUCAGAUGAUACAGGAGGAAACGGCCAAAAAUCUCAGUCAGUGCCAAUUAGAGUGUGAGAAACACCAGAAAAAAUUGGAGGUCUUGACAAAAGAGUUUUAUAGUCUUCAGACUUUGACAGAGAAGCGCAUUACUGAGCUGCAGGCACAGAAUUCUGAAUAUCAAGCUCGACUGGAAACCUACGAAAAAUUAGAACAAGAGCUUGAUGAUGUUACCAUGCAAGCUGCAGAAAUGGAGAAUGAGGAUGAAGCAGAGAGAGUUCUCUUUUCUUAUGGAUACGGAGCUAAUGUUCCGACAACAGCUAAAAGGCGCCUUAAACAGAGUGUUCAUCUAGCCAGAAGGUUACUGCAGCUAGAGAAGCAGAACACCUUACUGAGGAGAGACUUGGAACGACAGAGUGCCCAGACUAAACACGUAUCUCAAGAGCUGGAGAGAGCUAAUCACCUCUUGAACCAAGCACAGCAACCAUACAGCUAUCUAAUAGAAACAGUUCGUCAAAAGGACUCCCAGAUCCAGGCUCUGAAAGAGUGUGUUUCACAGCUGGAGAAUGAUGUCAGUACCUUAAAGAAAGAGAGAACUGAUUUGCAGAGAGUCAAGAAUAACAUGGCGGCAGAUUUAGAGCGUCUUCUGAACCACCGUGAGGAAUUAUCUGUAAUGAAACAGGUUCUGAUUAACAUGCAUACCCGACGCUAUGGCGAUGGAUUACCUCAUCCUCGUAACGAAGCUGCAAGUGCGGCUGCAGUACUUGUGCCAAAAGCAUUUGUCAGCAUGGAUGGAGAGGAAAAUAUCCAACCCAAACCAACUUUGUUUACAAACAGAGAGGCUCCUCCUGAGUGGUAUAAAAAACUGAAGCAGAAAAAAUAAUUUCUAUCUACUUUUUUAAAUGUAAAACAAAAAAAGCAUCAUGAAUAAAUCAAAUCAGUCUGUGUGGUAAGAUUAUUUUUUACAUGACAAGAAUGUUAUAGUUUUUUUUUUUUUUUUUUAAUGUGUGAAUAUACAUUUUUAUGGAUAGUGGUUGUAAAAAAAUACAGAGAAUAACAUGUGUUUCUGAAUGUACCAUAUUUUAUAGAAAACUAAAUAAACAGUUUUGGAUGCGAUCUACAUGGUUUUCCCUGUGUAAUGUUAAUAUUUAUUUCAGGGAACUGUCAUUAUAAAACCUGUAUUUAUUUAAAGGUCUUUUUAGUAAUGGUGGGGAGGGUGUAAAAACUUGUUUGACUAAUUUGUACAUAAUAUUCAUAAAUGAUCUGUUAAUGCCUGAAAAUUAUAUCUUUUUUUUUUUUAAUUUAUUUAAAUGUAUGUGUAAUGGUUGAACUUAAAUACAUUUUCUCAGGUAACAACUGAUUUAAUAUUAUUGAAAAUGUGGUAUUGCUUUGUGAUACAGUGUGCACAAUUACCGUCUCUCACUUCAACGGGUAAAUAAACAAUGAAAAGGUAUUGUAUUUCCAAAUGAUCUAAAUAUUAGAAGCGUAUGUGAACGGCACAGAAGGCAGUUGUUGUUUUUUGUAGGGGUCUCAAAACAUGGAGUUGUUCCUACUGUUUGUCACUCACAUAUUAUGUAAAGGUAUAGUACCCCAUGUGCUUUUAAAAUUUUAUAUAAAGAAGGUUGUUGCUUUAUAAAUCGGUGUUGAAAAUAUUAACUUAUAUCACUGGGAUACAAUAAGUGUGCUCGUCGUAACAUGUUGCUAGAGGUGAGCAGACGAACACAUACCUGCAGCUUAGCAUGACCGUGAAAAGAAGGCUUGCGGAGGUUCAGGGUUUAUCUGCAGGGUCAGUGCAGGAUGUAAAUAAAAUGGCUUUCUGAUUGAAGUCAGUGUGCACAGAUGUUUAAACUAUGGAUGACUGUAGUAAACAAAUUCCAAUAAAUUAUAUUUUGGUGUAAAAAUGAACACAGUUGGUGGACAUUGUACUUUUUAUAAAUACGAUUUUAGCAAGGACUUUUCAAAUAUGUAAUAAGCCAGUGCUAUAGUGCUGUUUUAUUGAUCUAGCCAAGUAAUGUAACCUAUAAAGCUAAGUGUUAAGGCCUCAUUGUUAGUACCAGAUUUAUUUAAUUUAUUUAUUGAUAGAUCAGAAUAACUAAUUUACAGUGUACCACUUGCAAGUCAAGUACUAAUAGCUGGGACCAAUCCAGUAAUUCCAACUGUUUAAUUUUAACAUGUUUCUAGUAGAUAUAACUAUGAUGGAUGUUUGUUUGUUUUUUAUAUGCCAACAGCAGAUUCAAAGCACUGUAAAAUUAAUUGUUUAAGCAUUAUGUAAUGUUCUUGCAGACUAUGUGUUGCUCCUACUGCUGGCUGUAGUGAAUGAUAACCAUCACUGCAGGGUAAACCACACACCUGUUGAGAGUGAUUUAGUGUAAAAUAAUACUGUUUACAGUUCAGCGUCAGAGGGUACUUUGUUGUUUACUAAGCUCUCACCAGGACAAGCUAAGUACCCUGCUGCUGUGUGCCAUUAUUACCAGUGACAACACUGAAAGCUUUUCACAGUGCGCUUAGCAUUCAGUCACUUGAUUUUAUCUGUUUUGAGCAUUAGUAAAAAAAAAAAAAAAAAAAAAACUUAAUACUUAAAAAAAAAAAUAAUUGCAACCACACUUGUCCAGAUUUUUAGAUAGCAAUUCUGAUUAGAUCAGAACAAGGCAUUAUGUAUUUACAAUGAACAUAUAUUUUAUUUUGGUACUGGUGUAAUAGACUGAAAACACUACUGCCACGGUGCCAAAGCCUUUCGAAAAGUGGGUGGCCAAGGUCUUUGGGUUUACAGUGGCUCGUUGAGACCAAAAAUCUGACAAUUGUCUGUUCUUUUGAGAUCACAAGAUAAACUAUUUUGUGAUCACGAAAAAGCAUUUCCGUUAUCUCGUGAACACGAGAUAACGGAAUGGUUCUCUUUCAAGUAUAAAAUGUAACCAUUACCAAAUGGGUAUUUACCUCCUAAAGACCCAAAUCCUGAAAAUUGUAUACCAAACCUGCUCAGCGAACCUGUGAUGCAGUUGU